AUGAAUGAGAGCGUGGGGAAGAAGUGCGGGCCAUUCUUCCUCGAGCGUACGAUAGCCGGGUCUGAGGCAGUCAUUGCUUAUUUCUCUGACUUCCGAGUCCGCGUAAUGGUUUAUGAUUCACGAUACAAAGAUCUGAAUCCCUUGAACACCAGAUCCAAGCGCAUCUUGACGAGUGCUACAUGGCAGGACCUUUUAGAACCAUCAGAUUCCAUGGACAUGUUCAGCAGCGAGCCAGAUUACAUUAACGAAGUGUGGCAAAGCAAAGCAAAGGCACCGGAGGCAAGCAGUCUUGCCGGGCCUGGCGAAGAGCGCACCAUGUACGUGAAUAUUGCGAUCAGAAACACUUCGUUUUCUAUCAAUAACAAGAAUAAGGUCUUUUUCGAGUCGAGUGUGUGGAGCUGCGCGGUAGUACCUGGCUGCAGGGAGUCUUGGUUCGAAGAUUCUCUGCUUGUAUGUCUGGAAAAUGGGACGAUCCUACUGUUGCGCGUAAUUGUUUCUGAAGGACAUUUCGAGCCAAUUGUUAUUCAGAGACUUCGAACAAGCAGUUUGGGGUCCUGUGACAAGACGGGCAUGAUUGGUUACAAAGUGACAGUGUACAAAACAGGUAAGGUGGUGGCCAUUGCUGCCUUCUCCAAGGUGAUACGAAUAAUGCGCAUAGAAUACGACUCGCGCGGUGUUCCGUCUUUUGGCUCGUCGCAAAACAUGAUCAUUGGAGGAGCUCUUGUGGAAACAUUGUUUAUGGAGCCACUGGAGCCGGUGGACAAGGAAUACAUGAUACUAGUUAACUUGAUUUCAACAGACGAAAAUAUUAUGAGAUUGGAAUACAACGAGUUUUACCAAUACGAUAAUCCUUUGAAUAGCAUCAAGACUCAUCCGAUGUUGCUGUGGAACUUAGAGGAGGUCCCAUACUUCUUAAUUUCCACAAAGAACACACAAUGCCUUCUGCAAGUUCAGGAAACCAAGUGCAUUGUCCAUGGUGUACAUUAUAUGCUUUCACGGGACGAAGCAGAUGUUACUGAACAGGCACUUCCUAUGAUCGGUGGAAAAUACAUUAAACCGAACUCUUACUAUAUUCCCCAGUAUCCGAUAACGUGCUUUCCAUGCGACGACUACGAGGAAGAAAUUUACGACCAGAUCCUUCUGUCGACUGACGUCUCUCUUUGGCUAGUGGAAAUAUUUGGAUCUUCGCGCAGACGAGAACGCAGAAUUCGUUUUAGUGAAAUGUUUGUUCAGCCGUCUGUGUUCAGUCAUUUCGCCCUGGAGGAGGUUGCAGAGAAAAAGUACUCUCUGACAUAUUUCAACGAGCGAGGAUCGGCUGAAUAUAAAAUCAUAAGCCUUGUUCCGCGUUCAAAUGGCUCUGCGUUUAAGAUGAAGGUGAUUGAGGACAGGGGAAGUCUAAUGAACUGGUUUCCGACCUUCGAUUUCAAGGUGGUACCGGCACAGCGAUCUAAGUUAGUCAACGCAACAUCCAGCGAGGAAUUAUGGUGCGUUGGCCGAUGCGAGUCCCGUGGCGCCUUAUUUAGUAUGCACAAGGGCUACAGAGCUGAAAAAUCAAUUCCUGAAACUGGAUAUAAGGAUGUGACCCAAAUUUAUGGAUUCGAUCUUAGCGGCCAGCCACAUUUUGUACUCUCCGGCUUUCAAGAGUCAAGGGUAAUUGCUUUCAUUACUGAAGGCGACUCGGGGGAUAUUACAGAACUGUCUCAAUUUAGGACCAGCCAGCGCACUAUUUAUUUUGGGAUGCUUCCAGAGGGCAGGUUCAUUCAGAUAUUCGAACAUGGCUGGAGGAUUGGCACAUUUCAAUCGAGCGACUUCUUGACCACCUAUGUUCACGAAAGAAUAAUUCUGAGUGCGGUCUGGGAGGACAUAGUAGUGUUGGCAUACGAAUACGGUCAAGAAAUGAUCCAGGUUAACAUCGAAGCAGUUACUGUGUCCGAAAAGCCUCUGACUGUAAGCCCAGGUAUCAUUGGGAUCCAGCCGUCGAUGAUGAAGUUCAUCACUAGACACAAACAACCAUACUUGGCAAUAGGAACCUACUCCAAUAAAGUCCACUUCUAUCGUCUUGAAGACCAUCGGCUCCUGCUCGCUGACACACUUGACCUUUCGGGUCAUAUCAACGAUUUCGUGACUCCACACGAUAUAGUGUACACUAAACACCACUGCCUCAUGACAUCGAAAGAUGGAAGUCUUUUGCUAUACAAGGAUGAGAAACUGCUUUCAUUACUGAAAAUCGGCGAGACACCAGCUAGUAUUCUCCAACAAAGCGAAAGCGAAUUUUUCAUUGUCACUAAAACUUUGUGGAAGCUUGACUUGACUAAAUCGUGCUACCCAGAGAGAAUAUGGGUUGCAGAGACCAUUGAUAGAGGAUGUCACGCGGCAGUGCUUGUUCCAAUGGCACAUGACGAUCUGCUUCCGCAAUACGAAGAGGAUCAGCUUCUUGCUAUUCGCGAUGACGGUCUCUGCAGUCUGUUUGUGUCACGCACAAUCGACUGGAGCAUUAAAAAAAUCAAGCUCGGCUCUACGCCUUUGAAAAUGAUAUACUACGGGUACCACAACGUCUUUGUCGUACUGGUAGGUGGCCCUGAAAAGCUACUUUUCGUUGAUCACAAAACCAAAAGAGUGGUUGCAACAGAGCAGGAAGAACAAGUCUUUGCUGAACACGAGCAGCCCUUAUCAAUAUCCGAAUGGCAUGUGAAGUCUCGUAGAGUGGAAGAAUACACACAUAAACACCUACUUGUUGGAUGCGUCGACAAAAGAGACGGGUCAGGACUUGUCAAAAUCAUUGAACUCAAAAAAGACAGAGAUACGGUCUUACUAAAGGUACUGUACUCGUGGACCCAAUCCGCCCCGGUCGCCGCAGUAGCACAGCUUCCAGACUCCGUUAUUAUUUAUUCUGAUCGCAAUUCGGUGCGUCUUCGGAAAUACAAGCCUUUGGAAAGUAAGCUCAGUGAUACCUUUGGCCAACAGUCAUUUCCAUCCGAGGUCAAAGAAAUUAAUUGCGUUGGUAACCACGUCGCUGUGGUGACCGCUAAAGACUCGGUGUACACUUUUCAUUACCUUAAAGAGUCGAAUGGAUCCCUUUCGCCUCAUCUUAGUGAUCCUGUCAGUCGCGAUCUCAUGGGCCACUGCAUUAUAAAAGAUCAUUUUAUCAUUGCUGCAGACAGGCAGCAGCAGACAAUCUUGGUGAUUCCAAAUAACACGGACUAUUAUGCUAGCCUUACAACACAGGAAGUUUAUGAAUGGAAAACACCAUUUAUUCCCCGGCUGUAUCAGUGCGAGUUCGAGCCCUUAUGGAGGGUCUCCCAAAAUGGUACAAAAUUCCUGGCCAUGGGACUCAAUGGAGAAAUCCGCAUGUACUCCGAAAUUACGAGAGGAACCUUCGAAAAAAUACUCGAACUCAAGGCCCAACAAGCACAGAAGAAUAAAGAGCGAUCACCAUUGCUAUUGAGCGACAUUGCAUCUCUAUGCCCAGAAGAUUCUCCAAUUGUCAAUGUGGACUCGAUUUCCGAUAAAUAUGGAGAGAUAGGCAAUUUCGAGCUGGACACUUUGAUUCAUAGCACCAUAAUAUAA